AUGCAGGCGAACUCGUCGUCCGGCCUGGCGGUGAGCGACGAGUGCAAGGUGAAGUUCCGGGAUCUGAAGGCGCGGCGGAGCUUCCGGUUCAUCGUGUUCAGGAUCGACGACAAGGACAUGGAGAUCAAGGUGGACCGCCUCGGCGAGCCGAACCAGGGCUACGGCGACUUCACCGACAGCCUCCCCGCCGACGAGUGCCGCUACGCCAUCUACGACCUCGACUUCACCACCGUCGAGAACUGCCAGAAGAGCAAGAUCUUCUUCUUCUCCUGGUCCCCUGAUACUGCACGCACCCGGAGCAAGAUGCUGUACGCCAGCUCCAAGGACAGGUUCAGGAGGGAGCUGGACGGCAUCCAGUGCGAGAUCCAGGCCACCGACCCCAGCGAGAUGAGCCUCGACAUCGUCAAGAGCCGGACCAACUGAUCGUCAUCGUCCUACUAUCAAGCAACACGAUCGACCACCACCUCGAUUAUAUAUGCAUCAUUAUAGUAUCGUUUAUUAAUUUCAGACCCACCCACUGCUAACCACAUCGUCCACGAGAGAUUAUAUUCAUCCGUGGACUACGCUCUCGAUCUUACAAUUUGAAACCUUUCUAUUUUCCUAAUUACUAUGUAUUCCAGGUUCAUUUUGAUUGUGACCAUUCUUCAGUUCUUUCUGUAAGGAUCGGAGCAUAUUAUAUACUCUAUGUGGCUAUGCCAAUUAUAUUGUUGGGUAUAAGAAUGCAUUUUGUUUCUGUAAUACGGAAAAAUAUAUUUUCUUUAAGCAACAACAAGGUAAAAACUUGCCUCGUUGCAUAUUUUCUUUAUGUCAAUCUCCUUUUGUUCGUUGUA